AUGCUUCGAGAGGUACGUGCUAGAAAAGCAGGGCUUGAUCGAGGUACUGUGUGGAACCCAAGAGACGGCUUGAAGCCCUUACCGGGUUGGGUCAUGGAGCAGAUGGAGCAAGCAAAGACAGAGCCAUCUCGGCAUGACAUGGACGAGAAGGAGGCUUGGUGGGAUGCCCGCCCAGACAAGGCACCCUCGGAUGCAUCGACGCUCCCGCUCAUUCUCACGAGUGUCGAUGUCGAUGUGAGCGGCUUCAUGUGGUGGGCAUGUCAAGCAAGUCUUGAUGUCCCUGACCACGUGAAACGCUUCAUCGCCAACACUUCGAUCAGCCAGGUUUUGCAGAGGUGUGGAUUCCAUGUGGAUUCGAUUCAGGAAGGAAGAAACAUUCAAGGCAGUGAUGCCAAGCAGGAGGAAUGCUUGAACAGAUUCCUAGAUUUGUACGAGGCUCAGCUUGCAGCCUGUGAGCCUGACACGAGCACGGCUUGGCAGAGAUCCCUGUCGGCCGUCAAACUCGUCCCAUUGGCGUCCUUGUUGAACUGCGAGGAGUCCAUCGACCCCGAAGCAGUCAGCAAAGAGCUGUGGAAGGUCACUGCCGAACGCCUGGGCCUUUCGGGCGAGUGCGCUCUGCAGAGAGUUUGGCAGCGCUUCAUGGAGAGCUUGGGAAAGGUCUGCAGCACAGAGCUGGAGCAAGCGGUCAAGGCAGCACUCGGAGAGGAGAUGCCUUCGGUCCUGCAAGUUCCCAGGGAAGCCGAGGCCUCGAGCGUGCAGGGCCAAAGCGUUAUCUUAAAGCAUCGAGGUCGAUAUUUCCGGGUGCUCUCAACGCAUGAACCAGGCGACUCUCAGCCAGACUCGCGUCUCAACACCGCGGCCUUGCUGAUCCAGAUGUCGUGGCGCCGCUCAUCGCGGCGACGGGUCCAGUCUCACACAGCUCGUGCCAGGGAGUGUGAGGAGGACUCCGAUAUCCUGCCAGAGGCCUGCCAGGGGCAGGAGGCUAUUCCUGGUGAUGAGGCGGAUGAGGCCCGAGCGAAGGUAGAAGGGGCAAGCGGAACAAGCCCGGUUCUGCAGCCUGCCCUUGUGAACGAGAGCUACCGCUCGCCGACGAUCGAGGGCAUUGACGCGCUCCCUUCACAACACGUGGGAAGUGGUCCUCCCACGCAUCCAUCUGAGGAACAUCACUCUGGCCGCCACGACCCAGAAUCGACUCGUGCCGAAGGCACAGCUGAUCAAGCCCCUGGCUUGAGAGCGCAGGUUUUCGACAUGACCUCUGGCUCCACAAAGUUGGACAUUCAGACAGACGACGAUGCACGCAGCUGCACUCCGAGCCUUCCCAGCAUGGUAUCUGAGUGGCAGGUCAUUGAUGAUCGGCAACGGCUGGAGCGUUUUCUGCUUCCGGCGGAAGAUGUUGGGGCCUUUGGAUUCAGGGUGCUCCCAGAUUGGUCAGAUCCGGAUGGCAAGUGCUCAACCAGCUUUGACAAGACCGUGCAGCAGUGGCUUUCGGAGAGGCUCAAGGACAAGCUGCUCAAAGACUGCCAGAGGAUAGCCAUAUCCAUCAAGGACAAGCACGGCAAGGUGGCACCUUCUAAGUUGACGGACGGUGAGCUGUUUGUGCUGGUGGCAUAUGCCCUUGACGUGCGGAAGAAAGAUUCAGGUCUCUCCUGGGACAUGAACUUUGCUUCAAGACUGUCGAGGGUGGUGCGACGCCAGCCGGACAGCAUCGACAAAGAGAUGUCCACCUGCCUGCGUUACUUCAACGACGCUUUGGAGAAGGAGAUGUGGCGCGGCGCUCGGAAUGCAGUGCUUUCAACUCAUGAUGCCUUAGUUAGCUCGCGAGAUGGGCCCCGUGCAUUCGCUGCGGUGAUACCCUCGACAACCUGGGCAGACACGCAAAAUGUCGAGGUAUUGGUUCCGGCUGUCGCAUACCUGCUCAGCUCCAUCGGCAUAAACUUUAGCCCUCUGGAUGCAAGACCUCUUAGUUGUCUCACUUCCUAA